GAAGCCCGUUCGCAUUCGCGUAGCGGCUCCUUUAGGCUCGGCGGCGGCGGCCGUUGCUCGCAUCCGCCGUCGCGACUUUCCGCUGGAGUCUGAGUCUCUUCUUCCAAGAUUCACGUCUUAGUGGACGUUCCAAGAGAAAGCCCGAGGUCGCGAUGGAUCUUGAAGAAGGCCGCAGUGGAAGUGCAGGGGGGGAGAACUUCUUGAAAAAGGACAAGAAAAGGUUUUUCAGUAAAAAAGAUGAGAAGAAAGAAAAGAAACCAACUGUCAGUACUUUUGCAGUGUUUCGCUAUUCGAAUUGGCUUGAUAAGUUGUAUAUGGUGUUGGGGACUGUGGCCGCCAUCAUCCACGGAGCCGGACUCCCCCUCACGAUGCUGGUUUUUGGAGACAUGACGGAUAGCUUUGCAAAUGCAGGAAAUUUAGGAAACCUGACUAUUUCACAACUAACUAAUGGAAGUUUUCUGGACAGUACGUAUUUCGGCGAAAAGCUGGAGGAGGAAAUGACCACGUACGCCUAUUAUUACAGUGGAAUCGGGGCUGGCGUGCUUGUUGCCGCUUACAUCCAGGUUUCAUUCUGGUGCCUGGCAGCAGGAAGACAAGUAUACAAAAUUAGAAAACAGUUUUUUCAUGCUGUCAUGCGGCAGGAGGUAGGCUGGUUUGACGUGCAUGACACUGGGGAGCUUAACACCCGGCUCUCAGAUGACGUCUCCAAAAUUAAUGAAGGAAUUGGUGACAAAAUUGGAAUAUUCUUUCAGUCAAUGGCAACAUUCUUCACCGGUUUUACAGUAGGAUUUACACAAGGUUGGAAGUUAACCCUUGUGAUUUUAGCCGUCAGUCCUGUUCUUGGUCUGUCAGCUGCUAUCUGGGCAAAGAUACUAUCUUCAUUUACUGAUAAAGAACUCUUGGCAUAUGCAAAAGCUGGAGCAGUAGCUGAAGAGGUGUUAGCAGCAAUUAGAACUGUGAUUGCAUUUGGAGGACAAAAGAAAGAACUUGAAAGGUACAACAAAAAUUUGGAAGAAGCUAAAAGAAUUGGAAUAAAGAAAGCUAUUACAGCCAACAUCUCUAUGGGUGCAGCUUUCCUGUUGAUCUAUGCAUCAUAUGCUCUGGCAUUCUGGUAUGGGACCUCCUUAGUCCUGUCAGAAGAUUAUUCUAUUGGACAAGUACUCACUGUCUUCUUUUCCGUAUUAAUUGGGGCUUUUAGUGUUGGACAGGCAUCUCCAAGCAUUGAGGCAUUUGCAAAUGCAAGAGGAGCAGCUUAUGAAAUCUUUAAGAUCAUCGAUAACAAACCAAGCAUCGACAGCUAUUCGAAGAAUGGGCGCAAACCCGAUAAUAUUAAGGGAAAUCUGGAAUUCAGAAAUGUUCACUUCAAUUACCCAUCUCGAAACGAAGUUAAGAUCUUGAAGGGCCUCAACUUGAAGGUAGAGAGCGGGCAGACGGUGGCACUGGUUGGAAACAGCGGCUGUGGGAAAAGCACGACGGUCCAGCUGAUACAGAGGCUCUAUGACCCCACAGAGGGCGUGAUCAGUAUUGACGGACAGGACAUCAGGACCAUCAAUGUAAGGUAUCUGCGGGAAAUUAUCGGUGUGGUGAGUCAGGAACCUGUGUUGUUUGCUACCACCAUAGCCGAGAACAUUCGCUACGGCCGUGAAAAUGUAACCAUGGAUGAGAUUGAGAAAGCUGUGAAGGAAGCCAGCGCCUAUGACUUCAUCAUGAAACUGCCUAAUAAAUUUGACACCCUGGUUGGAGAGAGAGGGGCCCAGCUGAGUGGUGGACAGAAGCAGAGAAUCGCCAUUGCUCGGGCUCUGGUUCGCAACCCCAAGAUCCUGCUGCUGGAUGAGGCCACCUCAGCGCUGGACACUGAGAGUGAAGCGGUGGUUCAGGUGGCCCUGGAUAAGGCCAGAGAAGGCCGGACCACCAUCGUGAUCGCGCAUCGUUUGUCCACAGUGCGUAAUGCUGAUGUCAUUGCUGGUCUUGAUGAUGGAGUCACUGUGGAGAAAGGCAGUCAUGAUGAACUCAUGAAGGAGAAAGGCAUUUACUUCAAACUUGUCACAAUGCAGACAAAAGGAAAUGAUAUUGAAUUAGAAAAUGCAGCUGGUGGAUCCGAAAGUGAAAUUGAUGCCUUGGACAUGUCCCCCAAAGAUUUAGGAUCCAGUCUAAUAAGAAGAAAAUCAACUCGCAAGAGUAUCCAUGGACCACAAAGCCAAAACAGAAAGCUUAGUACAGAAGAGACUUCGGAUGAAAAUGUACCUCCAGUUUCUUUUUGGAGGAUUCUGAAGCUGAAUAUAACUGAAUGGCCUUAUUUUGUGGUUGGUAUAUUUUGUGCCAUUGUAAAUGGAGGUCUGCAACCAGCAUUUUCAGUAAUAUUUUCAAGGAUUAUAGGGGUUUUUACCAGAGAUGACGAUCCUGAAACCAAACGACAGAAUAGUAACUUGUUUUCACUCUUGUUUCUAAUCCUUGGAAUUAUUUCUUUUAUUACGUUUUUCCUUCAGGGCUACACGUUUGGCAAGGCCGGAGAGAUCCUCACCAAGCGGCUCCGAUACAUGGUUUUCAGAUCCAUGCUGAGACAGGAUGUGAGCUGGUUUGACGACCCUAAAAACACCACGGGAGCCUUGACGACCAGGCUGGCCAAUGAUGCUGCUCAAGUUCAAGGGGCUAUAGGUUCCAGGCUUGCUGUAAUUACCCAGAAUAUAGCAAAUCUUGGGACAGGCAUUGUUAUAUCCUUAAUCUAUGGCUGGCAGUUAACACUUUUACUGUUAGCAAUUGUACCCAUCAUUGCAGUAGCAGGAGUUAUUGAAAUGAAAAUGCUGUCUGGACAAGCACUGAAAGAUAAGAAAGAACUAGAAGAUGCCGGGAAGAUUGCCACGGAAGCAAUAGAAAACUUCCGAACUGUUGUUUCUUUGACUCGGGAGGAGAAGUUUGAAUAUAUGUAUGCCCUGAGUUUGCAGGUACCAUACAGAAACUCUUUGAGGAAAGCACACAUCUUUGGAAUCACGUUUUCCAUCACCCAGGCAAUGAUGUAUUUUUCUUACGCUGGCUGUUUCCGUUUUGGCGCCUACCUGGUGGCACAUGGCAUCAUAGACUUUCAGGAUGUUCUCUUAGUGUUCUCAGCCAUUGUCUUUGGCGCGAUGGCUGUGGGUCAGGUCAGUUCAUUUGCUCCUGACUAUGCCAAGGCCAAAGUGUCAGCAGCCCACGUCAUCAUGAUCAUUGAAAAAGCCCCUGUGAUCGACAGCUACAGCACGGAAGGCCUAAAGCCGAAUACAGUGGAAGGAAAUGUGACAUUUAAUGAAGUCGUGUUCAACUAUCCCACUCGACCAGACAUCCCAGUGCUUCAGGGGCUGAGCCUCGAGGUGAAGAAGGGCCAGACGCUGGCCCUGGUGGGCAGCAGCGGCUGUGGGAAAAGCACGGUGGUCCAGCUCCUGGAGCGGUUCUACGACCCCUUGGCUGGAACAGUGCUAAUUGACGGCAAGGAAAUAAAGCACCUGAAUGUCCAGUGGCUCCGAGCACACAUGGGCAUCGUGUCCCAGGAGCCCGUCCUGUUUGACUGCAGCAUCGGCGAGAACAUCGCCUAUGGGGACAACAGCCGGGUCGUGUCCCAGGAGGAGAUCGUGCAGGCAGCCAAGGAGGCCAACAUACACCCCUUCGUCGAGACGCUGCCUGAUAAAUAUAACACCAGAGUAGGAGACAAAGGAACUCAGCUCUCUGGUGGCCAGAAGCAGCGCAUUGCGAUAGCUCGUGCCCUUGUUAGACAGCCUCGUAUAUUGCUUCUGGAUGAAGCUACAUCAGCUCUGGAUACAGAAAGUGAAAAGGUUGUCCAAGAAGCCCUGGACAAAGCCCAAGAAGGGCGCACCUGCAUCGUCAUCGCUCACCGCCUGUCCACCAUUCAGAAUGCAGACUUGAUAGUGGUGUUUCAGAACGGCAAAGUCAAGGAGCACGGCACACACCAGCAGCUGCUGGCACAGAAAGGCAUCUAUUUCUCCAUGGUCAGUGUCCAGGCUGGAGCAAAGCGCUAGCGAACUGUGACCAUAUGAGCUAUUAAAUAUUGCCUAAUAUUUGUGUUAAAAUAUGGCAUUUAAUCAAAAUUGAAAAAGUGAGCACUUCCUGGGAAAACUAUGUAGAGUUACUUAUUUAACAUUUCCUGCUGCAGUGGAAGAUCAUUCCACCCAGUUCAGAGUUUUCAGAGACUAUAAUUGAAGGAACAGAAAGAAACAGCAUCAAUUGGAGAAAAGUAAUGGUUUUAAUUGCAUUAUAAAAUUUAUAGAAUCAUUCAAAGUAGAUUUUGUUAAUAAAGUGUAUAAUUUUUGUUUAUAUUUUCUUAUUCAGACUGUAACUGACUACCUUGCUAAAAGAUUAUAGAAGUAGCAAAAAGUACUGAAUGUUUGUGUAAAGUGCCUAUAAUAAAACUAAACUUUUAUAUGACUGGA